GCGGCAGCAGUGACUAGGGAAUCAGGUUUCUCAGACCCAGCAGUAAGCGUGGAGAGAGGGGAGGGAAGAGGAGGCUGAGCCAGAUUUCCCCUCAGACGCUUCCAGUCUUUUAAAGCCCUGUGGUCUGUUAACAGUCCCUGUGCUCUCCUUGAGUCUGGAUCUCAGCAGUGUGACACACACCUCCCUGAACCUUCUCUCGAGCCUGCCAUCCAGGGUCCUACCCCUCAGUAUCCGAGGCCCUCCCUGGGAGAGCUAUCUCCUGAAGAGUACCCACCUCUGGAGGUCAGACUCAUAAUAUCCCUGUGAGAUCUGUACUUUUGGGGAAAACACCUUGAACAAUUCGUCGACAUCUGCUUCUUUUUAGCAGCACAUUUCCAUUGGCAUGACACAAGAAUAGCAAUGGAUCCUGAAGGUUCACGUAUCCAAGAUGACCCAGAUGUCAAGGUGAUGAUGGCAGGGGCGACUCUGAGAAAAGUCAAGUCCCGUUUGUGGAAGAGGCAGAGGCAUUUCCGCCUCCUGGAGGACGGCCUGACGAUCUGGUACAAGUCCAGAUGGGCAGGGAAAGGCCACUCCACUUUCUCAAUUACCGAGGUGGAGGCUGUGCGUGAGGGCCACCAGUCGGAGGUCCUGUUGAGCAAUGCUGAGGAGUUCCCAGCAGACCUCUGCUUCACCUUGGUGUUUCAUGGUCGCCAAGGCAACCUGGACCUUGUGGCCGAGUCGCCAGAGGAGGCCCAGGCCUGGAUCCAGGGAGUGCGCAAGCUGAUUCACAAGGUUCAAACGAUGGAUGAGAAGGAGAGGCUAGACCAGUGGGUCUGGGACUGGUUUCAGAAAGCUGACAAAAACAAAGAUGGGAAGAUGAAUUUCAAAGAGGUGCGGAAACUGCUGAAGAUGAUGAACGUAGACAUGAAUGAGGAACAUGCUCUGCACCUCUUCACGAUGGCUGACAAGUCAGAGAGUGGCUCUUUGGAAAUCGAACAGUUUGUCCACUUCUAUAAGAUGCUGACUCAGAGGGAUGAAGUGUGGAAGGUGUUCCAGGACUACUCCGGAGAUGGAGAGAAGUUAAUGUUGGAGGAGCUGGAGAACUUCCUGAUCAUGGAGCAGCAGGAGGGAGAGCAGAGUGCCCAGCAUGCCCAGGAGCUGACUGACCGCUACGAACCAUCUGAAUCAGCUAAGAAGCAAGGCGCCAUGUCGUUCGAUGGCUUCCAGAUGUACCUGUGCUCACAGGAGGGCUCCAUAUUUAAACCUGAGCAUCGGGAUCUUUACCAGGACAUGAGCCAGCCUCUUAGCCACUACUUCAUCUCCUCCUCACACAACACCUACCUCUUGGAGGACCAGCUCCGAGGACAGAGCAGCCUGGAGGCAUACAUCCAGGCCCUGAAGAGAGGCUGCCGUUGUGUAGAGGUGGACUGCUGGGACGGCAGUGACGGGGAACCCGUUGUGUAUCAUGGUCACACUUUGACUUCCAAGAUUCUUUUUAGAGACAUAAUUUCAACGCUGAAAGAAUACGCCUUCAAGGUAUCGGACUUCCCAGUCAUCCUGUCCCUUGAGAAUCACUGUGGUGUCGAACAGCAGACAGUCAUGGCCCAACACCUUAGCCAAAUCUUGGGUGACACACUACUGACCACCCUUCUGGAUGGGUCGGUCCCUCAACAGCUUCCGUCUCCACAGGACCUGAAGGGGAAAGUUUUGCUGAAAGCCAAGAAGAUUGGCGGCCUAGAAGACUGUCUCGAUGAAACCCUGACAGAUGAAGUUAGCGAUGAGGAAGAGAUGGCAAACGAUGAUGCUGAGAGCCCGUCUACAGAAGACCCACCUGCUGAGUGUUUGAACCACAAAGGGAAGAAGUCCAAACUGUCCAGGGAGCUGUCAGACUUGGUGGUUUACUGCAAGAGCGUGCACUUCCAUGGCUUUGAGCAUGCUAGUUUACAUGCCAAAUGUUAUGAGAUGUCCUCAUUCUCUGAAUCCAAGGCCAAGAGGCUCGCUAAGGACGCAGGGGCAGAUUUUGUGCAGUACAACACAAGGCAGCUGAGCAGGAUCUACCCCAGUGGCCUCAGGACAGACUCCUCCAACUAUAACCCGCAGGACAUGUGGAAUGUGGGCUGCCAGAUAGUGGCUCUGAACUUCCAGACAGCUGGUCUGGAAAUGGAUCUGAACGAUGGGCUGUUCGGGCAGAACGGCUGCUGUGGCUACGUCCUCAAGCCUGACUUCAUGAGAGACGGCAACACUCAGUUCAGUCCAGAGAAACCAGAGGAACGGCGAGGCUACAAACCACUCCGCUUAUCCAUACAGGUGAUCAGUGGGCAGCAGCUACCAAAGGUGAAUCAGAAAGAGGGCUCUAUUGUAGACCCCCUGGUCAGAGUGGAGAUCUACGGAGUGCCACGAGACCAGGCCAAGGAAGAGACCAGUCACAUUAACAACAAUGGUUUUAAUCCAGUGUGGAAUGAAACUUUAAAUUUUGUCAUCCACACCCCUGAGCUGGCUCUGGUUCGCUUUGUGGUGGAGGACCAUGAUAAGGCGUCCAGGAACGACUUCAUGGGACAGUUCACUCUUCCGUUUACGUGCAUCCAAGCAGGAUAUCGUCACAUACAUCUGCUCUCUAAAGAUGGAACAGCUAUCCCUCCCUCCUCCCUGUUUGUCAACAUCAGCAUCUCAGAGCUCACAUGAAGAAGUCAAAUCGGAGGAUAUGAAGCAAGAGGAGCUCACAAGUCCCGUGACUUCAUUUGCCCGACGAAGGAUGAGAACAGCAUGCACCAAUCAUUUAUCUGACAGUGGGCAUCUGCCAGGCCAAAGUAGGGUAUAGUGAAAAACGUAUAUUGAACAUUUUCUACUUCUACAACUUAAAAUAGCAAUCAACAGGUAACAUGUCAGAAAUCAGACUGGAUUUUCAGCAUUAUUAAGUAAUAGAGGACUCCAUUACAUAUUGAUUGAAUCAGUUAUAUGGAAUCAUUAUUGGCAGAAACAAAAUUGGGUUGAUGCAUCUCCUUUACCAAGAAAUUAAGACAAAUAAGAAACAAGGACUGUGAAAAGAGUCCAUGUAGUACUAUGAAAAACUCUUUGAGUUUAAAUGAACUUGUCUGGCUGUGUGUGCAAUUCUCAAUUCAACUUUUUAUGGAAAUAUUGCCCGCAAGCUUUUUAAUUUUCAUUGUCUAGGAAUGAAGGAACAUGGAUUGCUGCAUGUCUAAAAUGUCUAAAUAUACCGUGUGCAUUUAAAUGUACGUAUAUCCGGAAGUAACAGUACCUAGGAAAUAGCUGAAAGUGCAUGGUCCAGUUUUAAAAUGUAAUCAUAGUAUGUGAAACCAAAUAACAGUAUUAUUAAACUACCUACCUAUUGUAAAGUGCUCACAGCUUUGCAUCAUGCAGUUAAUCUACAAAGGGCCUGCUUGAGUCAUUUCUAUUUACUAAUGUACAAAUUCCACAAGGUUAUGUUGUGUAUAAUGUAAAUGUAUGUAUAUAUAGGCCUGUAAAUACAUGCAAUAAAUUUUCUCAAUAGUUCAA